AUGUUCCCCCUGCGAGGCCGUGGCCUCGGGCUCGCGGCGUCCCUCAGCAGACAGCGCUUUCGGUCGGCGCGGCUCAGCAGCGACCACGCGGCGCCCGGCUCCGCGCACUUCGACGUGGUGGUGGUGGGCGGGGGUCAGAUGUCCUGUAAUCCUUCAUUUGGUGGCAUUGGAAAGGGACAUUUAAUGAGGGAAGUGGAUGCCUUGGAUGGCCUGUGUUCUCGCAUCUGUGACCAGUCUGGUGUGCAUUACAAAGUACUAAAUCGGUGCAAGGGGCCAGCUGUAUGGGGACUGCGAGCUCAAAUUGAUAGGAAACUCUAUAAACAGAACAUGCAGAAAGAAAUCCUGAAUACACCACUGCUCACUGUUCGGGAAGGAUCUGUGGAAGAUCUUAUUCUCACAGAGCCAGAGCCUGGGCAUACUGGGAAAUGCCGCGUCAGUGGUGUUGUUUUGGGUAUGUACUGGUUACAG